AUGGCUGACGACAGGCAACACAAGCUGGCGGCGGCCCGGAGGAAGUUAAAGGAAUAUCAGCAGAAGACUACUCCUCCAGCAUCUACAGGCGGCAAGCAAGAAGAAGAAAAAGGGAAAAGAUUCGAACAGCCAUCCUGAUACCCCAAAUCGCCUCUCUCCAGAUCCAAUUGAGGCGAUUUUGAAGGGGCUGGUGUCAGAUCUUCAUAGAACCAAUGGGGUAUCCAUCCCCGCACUGGCCGAUAUGAAGCAGAAUGACUAUGAUGGUACAAAGGUGACAUCCGAUGGAAACAGGUUUGUCUCAUCAACGGACAGUCUGCGGCAGCUUUCUGAACAGCUGAAUGGACUGGUGUCACAAAGUAAUUCUUACAUGAAUGGGGAGAAUAUCAGCUCAGCCACGAGUCCCGAAUUAGAGUCUCGUUUCCAAGAUUUGUCUGCUGCCUUGGACUCCAGUAAUUUAACAAACAAACAGCUCAGUUCAAAGAUAGAGGAACUGAAUCAACAGAACCAAGAUGUUAUGGAGAAGCUGGACAAGGAAAGAAAGGCGUUUGAGCAGAAGUUUUCAAAGGAGCAGAGUGCGCUUCGUGAACAGCUGCAGGUUCACAUCCAGACAAUUGGAAUUUUGGUAUCCGAAAAGUCAGAGUUGCAGACCGCCCUCUCGUUUACACAGCAGGCAGCACGUCAGAAAGGAGGGGAGGUGGAGGAUCUUGUCAUGCGAUUACAGUCCACCCGGCAGAGAGUAACCGAGCUGGAACGUACACUGUCCUCCCUCUCUGCUCAGCAGAAGCAGCUAGAAAAGCUUAAUAAAGAAUUGGAGAAAGACCGUGACAACCUGCGACUUGAAUCUUUGAAGAACAGUAAGAGUAGUGAUGAGCUGAAGCAGCAGAAUUCUGAAUUGUCAGAGAAACUGAAUGCACUUCUCUCUGAGAAUGCUGCCAUGAAGUUGGAGCUGGGAGAUCUGCACAAGAAGCUUGAAAUGGCUGAACUUAUGAUUCAGCAGUUUUCUAAUCAGACGGGAGUACCGGAUGCAAAUCAACAGCUUCUGAUGGCCCUGGAAGAGAGAGACCAACUGGGUACCCAGCUAGCACAGAUGUCAAAUUCUCUUCAACAAUUGAGGGCAGAACGAGACCAGUAUGUGGAAAAACUGAAAGAAGAGGGGACUGUCUGGCAAGAAAGAGUUCGUCAGUUGUCUGAGCAGCUACACACCCUCAGCGAAGAGAAGGAGAGCGCGCGUGUCCAAGUUGAACAGCUGGAGACCAGAGUGACAGAACUGUUACUUGCAUCAGCAGCGGAACCUGCUGACACAGAGAACUCUGCGACACAUGGCCCUUCUGAAACAGAACAGGCUCUUCAAAGAGAGGUAGAGAAGCUCCAACAAGAGUUUCAAGAGUUGCAGUCCAGGUAUCAGGCCCUGGUGCAGGACAACAGCCAGCUAAGUCGCCUCAAUCAGGAGCAGGAGGAACGCCUACUGGAAUUAGAGAAGACAGUACAAAGGCAGAAUGAGGAAAAUGUAGAUAAACAGCAGAUCCUGGAAAACAUGCAGAGUGACAAAGCCACCAUCAGCCGAGCGCUGACCCAGAACAGGCAGCUGAAAGAACAACUGGCUGAGCUCCAAAAUGGAUUUGUUAAACUGACAAAUGAAAACCUUGAACUCACAAAUGGCUGCAGAGUGAGCAGCAUGUGAAGAAAGAACUGGCGAAGAGGCUGGGACAGUUGCAGGAAAGCUUAGGAGAUUUUAAAGAGCAGCUUGCCACAAAGGACCAGGAAGUUCAGCUACUGACAGCACAGCGAGAUGAAAUCUCUGCCCAUCUUCAGCAAUAUGUAGCAGCCUACCAGCAAGUAUCAAUAGAGAAGGAGGAAAUCCAAAGACAAUAUCUGCUGCAGGCUCAGCUUAUGGACAGGUUGCAGCAUGAUGAGGUCCAGGGAAAAGUCAAUGCAGAAAUGCAUCUCAAGGAGCUACAGCAGAGCAGAGAAAGUCUGCAACUUCUCACCAAAGAAAACCAGGAGCUCCGAGCACAGGUGCUGCAGAUCCGCAGUGACCCAGACAGCAGAGUUCUGAGUAGGAUAGAAGGAGAUGGUGUGGAGAGCACGGUGUAUGAAGAUGAAAUCCCUAAGACAUCACUGGUUGUUCCUGAAGAUUUUGAGACUCGAGAAGAGAUGAUGACAUUCCUUUCCUCUGCUAUUUCCAAGUUACAUGGAGAGCGGGAUGAGGUAGAGAGGCAACUCAUGGAGCAGAAGAGAACCUGUAAGCAGCUCCUGCAGGAGAUAUCUGAACUCCGACAACAGCAACUGUCUCCUCCCCACCAUCACCCUGCAGAGCUAAGUGUGGAUAGUGUCCCCCGAGAGGUGUAUGAUGCUCUACAGAGUGCUAUGGAGAAGUUACAGUCUCGAUUCACACACCUGAUGCAGGAGCGGGUGGAACUUAAAGAUAGGGUGGAAGAAUUGGAGCAUCGCUGUAUCCAGCUGUCGGGAGAGACGGACACAAUUGGGGAGUACAUUGCACUUUACCAGAGUCAGAGAGCCAUCCUAAAACAGCGUCACACAGAAAAAGAGGAGUAUAUAAGCCGACUGGCUCAGGACAAGGAGGAGAUGAAGGCCAAGUUACUGGAGCUGCAGGUUUUAGUCAUGAGGUUGGUUGGUGAGAGAAAUGACUGGUACAAGAAGUAUGCGGAAGCAACAGGAGGCUUUAAAGAUGUGGGAGAUACAGCUCUCCCUAAUGAUAAACCAAUGGAGCUGGGUGCAGCGGAUGGGGAAGUAAUGGAGGAAGUCAGCUUGGCUGAGGACUCUGAACUGGAGAAAGCUCAGAUCUCAUCUCUCCCUCUCUACAACACAAGGAGCAAGUGCCACCCCCAGUUCCACUGACCCCACGACGAAGCAGAUUAUGCAGCUCCUUCGUGAGAUCCAGAACCCACAAGAACGCAGUAAUUCUCUUCUUCACAAUCCCUGCAUCCCCUUCUUCUACCGCGUGGAUGAGAAUGAUGAGGUCCGGAUUAUGGUGGUCUGA